AGUAAUAAAUGACAGAAUUUUCAUUUUUUGGUGAACUAACCCUUUAAUUGCUCACAUUUUGUCCUUAUAAUUAAUUUAGGAGUGGGAUUCCACUUAACACUGAUCUUAGCAUUAACAUAAAAAUAUAUACUGUAUAAUAUAGAUGAGAUGUAAAAUUUAACAAAUUAAUUAUUCUAAUUAUUGUUGUGAGACAUAAAUCAGUGCAAGUAGUUUACUAUCCUGUAUAACUGCACCUAAAAAUCAUGGAUAGAUUUGUGUCCCUUUUAAAGUACUACUAAUCCCAAGAUUCUCGGAGGAGGUCCAUGAUUUCCGGGAAUAGUGUUGCCAGUGGGAAGGUGCGCGCAGAGGGACCUGUUGGAAAUGACGGGAGCUGAAAUCCUGUUUCACACAAGAAAUCACAACAAACAAGCCGGGGUCUAAGGCAGAGAGCACCGAGCCAGCGGAAAACAGGGUAAUGCUCAAUGGAGACACUCAUGAGUGCCGUGGCCCCGCGUGCACCGGCGACGGUGAAGCGGGUGUCCGAGGUGGACUUCCGCUCGGGCACGACGCUGGAGCAGCUGUCAGCGCAGGUGCAGGAGCUCGUGCAGCUGGAGCAGGAAGAGUUCGGUGACCAGACCGCGCUUGAAGUGCACACGGCCAAAGACUUCAUCUUUAAUAUGCUGGGCCUGGUGCAGAAGGUAGACAAGCGACUACCAGUUGCCAAUGAAUACCUGCUGCUGUCAGGUGGGGCCAGGGAAGGUGUUCUUGACCUUAACCCAGAGUACCUAGGUGACUACGCCAAAGGUGUUGACUUUGAUUUGGACUUCACUCUACUGGUGCCUGCUCUUAAACUGCAUGACCGCAAUCAGCCUGUGACACUGGACAUGAGGCAUUCCCCGCCAUGCCAUUCAUGGCUGAGCCUGCGCCUCUGCGAUCCUGCGAUGCUGACACGUUGGCGUAUCUGCUGUCAAGAUGAGAUAAAUACAGAGAAUAAAGAUGUGGAAGAUGAGGAGGAAGAAACUGGUGCAGUACAAGGCUCAAUCCCAUCCCUGCAGCAUCCUCAGUCAUUAGAUGGGUGCUACUUCUCUCCGUUGUUGGUUGCCGAUUGGUUCUGGAGUGUAGUUGGGACAGCGGUGGAAGACUUGCGGCAGAAUCCUCAAAGAGGGAUUCCGGUUCCGGAUCGUGUGGAGCGGAAUGGUCCUCUAACAACGCUGAUUCUCACUGCAGGAACUAGCCGUAUUCUCUACGACUUGCUUCCAGUGGUGUCGUUUCGUGGCUGGCCGGCUGUCGCACAGGGCUGGCUCACGACCAACCAUUUCUGGGACGGUAAAAUAACGGAGGAGGAGGCCAUCAGUGGGUUCUACUUGCUUCCGUGUUAUUCACCUGCUGCCAGCCCCUCAACCAGACCUGACCGCGAGUGGAGACUUGCUUUCUCCCGGAGUGAGGUUCAGCUAAAGAAAUGCGUGCCCUACCCAAUGGCACAAGCCUUCCAAGCGGCUAAAGCUGUAUUGUCAAGACUGUUAGCUCGCCCUCGCACCGGCCUUAGCCUCUACCACCUACGUACCUUGAUGUUUUGGGCAUGCGAUCGCUUGCCUACCAGCUUCCUUAGCUGUCCAGAUCAUGACACACCUGCACGGCUCUUCCUUGGUCUUCUUGAUGACUUGGCUCACUGCGUUCUGGGCAAAAACUGUCCCAAUUACUUCCUCCCCCAGUGCAACAUGCUAGAGCACCUCACGGACAGUGCCGCCCUGUUAGUUGCGCGGAAACUUGCUCAUUUACGUUCUGAUCCUGCAGAGCACUUAAGAGCAGCUUUGGAGCAAGCACAACAGGCAUGCCAGCUCAAACGAGAGGCCGCUGGAGCUGGGAGCAAUGGGCAUGGGAUAUCAUCUCCUAGCCAUGGAUAUGGUGCAGGAUCACCACAGGAUGACCGGCUAGCACAGCGACUACAGCAGCUGGUGACAGAAAACCCUGGCAAAUCUAUUUCAGUCUUCCUCAACCCAGAUGACGUUACACGCCCUCAUUUCCGCAUUGACGACAAGUUUUACUGAGUGGACUGAGCUGGUUUACACACUGCCCAGUGUACAGAAACCCUUUAUGACUGAACUUAAAGAGGACAUAGUCAUGUCACUGUAUUAAACCAAAUUGUAAAAUUAUCUCCACAGAGGUUUUUUCCCUUUGUCUCACUCAACAAGGCUGACUACAAUCAAAGCAGCUGCUUGAUGCUCCAAUGAUGGUUUCACAGGUGUCACAAAUGUCAGGGAGAACAAAAGUAAUAGGGGGAAGGAUAGAUUUUAUUUAUGUGACUCAAAUCAAAAUUCAAUCGUAUCCUGAGGAAAUCCCCAUUGACGGACUGAACAUCAAGUAGAUUCAAUCCAAUUAUAAAAUUCUGUUGAGUUUUGAGAGUUGUCUUUUUUUUUCUUUACCCACUACUCUGUACUACUGAGAUUAGAAACUACUACUAUUUUCUGCUGUAUGAGGGCAGUAGAACUGGAAAACCAACUAGGCCAAGGUACAUUAUGAUGAAACCGAACGUAAUGUUUUGUGUGUGUGGAGAAGUUUGUGAUUAUUGAUCACAUACUUUUCUUUCUUUAGUUGGUCAGUUACCCUGCUUGCUCCCUUUCUCAGGUACUUUUUAUUUCUUUCUUUUAACUCUUGAGUUUUGAGCUGUUCUACAGUCUAAAACAACUGAAAGAGAGAAAAAGACAAGGAGUAACUCGCAAAUCCGGGCCUUGUCCGUUAUGUAUAAGAAGCUGUUGUACAGCCCGUAGAAACAAUCUUUUUGAGAGAAAAAAAAAAUACUGUGCGAAGAUAUUUUUAGAUUUAGUUAGAUGCCGAUGAUGGUAUUUCAAGGUUCAGAGACUGUUUUAGAUGAUAUAUAGUGAUAGGUUGUACUAACGACACUGAUGCUGAUUGUGUAUCCUCUUGGUUCCUCAUUGAACUCUAAUCUACACAUAAACAGUGUGUGUUGUAGUGUAAGGGCUUUUCUUUGUCAGUCAUUAUUACAUAUGUUUGAAUAAAAUGGUCUUUGAAAGUUAGAUGUUUUCAAAAAGGUUUUGUGUUAAAGGUUUGCUGACACUGUUUGAACUGUAAUAAUAGAAAGAGUAGAGUGGGCAACAGAGGUUCAGAGAAAGGAUAGAAGGAACGUGAAAAGAGACAGAGGAGUGCAUCUAAGCGUUUUGUUUUUUGUGAAGAAGUCCUACAGUAUCUCACUCUUGCAGAUUUGCAUUGGUAGCUGUGGGAGGCAGAGAUGGAUGGAGAAAGUCAAACAUGACGUCCACUGGAUAGAUUAGGCUGAACCAGUGGGACUCCCGGGACCGCAGACAUCUGCUCUCCCUCACUCAUUGUCGCUUUCUGUUUCCUUCCUAAAUCCUUCCCUCUUCAUCAGCCUCCAUCUCUGGCUGUUCUUUAUCCAUCUCUACCUCUUUGACUAUGCUCAAGGAUUAAAAAAACAAUGCUACAUGUGUAUUCAGCAUAAAUCGCAUUAGCACCCUGUGGGACUUGGCAGACUAUUCAUGUGCGCUGCUGACAUGGCUGCUGCGCAUUUACAGAGCAAUCAGAAACAGUGUUGCUUUUGAAUGAAGGCAAAAUGGCGAGGAAUAGGCUUUUUCUAGUGGAUUUCUCAUUCCAAUAUGUGAGACAUGCUACUGAAAAGAGUUUGUGUAGUGUUGCACAUGGUUCAGGUAGGCUACUUUACAAAUGUCUGCUGUAUGUCAAGGAAAAGACACCAAAGAGAGUUUAUAGGACCGUUUGUUUAGAUUAAAUGUCACACGGCAUGAAAGAAAAGCUGAUUUAUGUGUUGUGUAAGUCAGGGUUUGACACUGUAUACCUUAAAAGGCCUAUUUAGUGGGUUUAAAUAUUGUGAAAUGCUUGAAUCAAUAUUUAUAAUGCUAUUUUCAGUGUUUUUCUGCUUAUAUUAUGACCAUUGUUUAGCACAAUGCCUGAUAUCAAAUGAACAGUGGUACUAUGCAAGAUUUCAAAAUCAUCUCUAUGAAUGAGAUAUUAAGGCCUACUAUGCCUGUGAUAAUUACCAAGAGCGUUUUAUACAGUAAUUUCAUUGGGGGAAAAAAAAUUAUGUUCUUGCCUCAGGGCAUGAUGAAAUGUUCCGGACGCAUUUCAGGUGAAUAUCUGAAGGAAGCCAAAGCACAUUCAUUUUCCUUCCCAGCUUUUUAAUGACUUGUUUCUUUAUUUGAUAGCAUAGUCCCUCGGGUCAUGCUGUUGUGUACAAAAGUUUUUUGUUUUUUUUUUGCCCUCGAGCAAUGAAUGUAAACAACAUGUUUUACCUCUUGAAUUAAUCUAGUCAUCUACUUAAAUUCCCUGAAUGGAAACAGAACGUUGCAUAUUUAAAUGGUACCAAAUAUUUAUACAUUUCAUAUAAUUUCUUUAUUGUGCCUCAGAAGGCUUUUUCUUUCUUUUUCUUUUUUUUUUUUGUUGUUGUUGGGGGGGACUGCCUGCUAUUCUAUGUGAUGAUGCUGGUCAUAGCAUGAAAUAAAUCAUUACAUCUACAUGAA